AUGGCGACACACGAGAUGUCCGAAGUUCCAUUCCUCUUAGAGAGGCACACCGGCUCGUUUGAUCAGGGCUCACCGGAGCCCCAAGACGACCCAGAGCGGGGAAUAUCAGACUCAAUGCGCCGUCGUCUUGUCAUCACAUUGAUUGUGAUCCUGCUGGCAUUCGAAAUAGGCGGCCAACUGAUUCCGGGGCCCAUGGUGCGCGUGAUCGAGAGCAUCUCCUGCGAUCGCUACUGGCGAGUACAUGGCCUCAGCGGCCAUAUACCAGAGCACCUGUGCAACAUCCCAACAGUCCAGACGGAGGUCGCAACAGUGAAAGGGUAUUCUGAUUUGCUCGAGGGCCUGCUGUCCACCAUCUGUGCCAUCCCGUAUGGGCUGAUGGCAGACCGAUAUGGCCGAAGACAAGCAAUCCGCCUCACUGUUCCUGGAUUCCUGCUCAAUGCAAUGAUCACGAAUUCGGCCCUGUGGUUCUCGAACACAUUCCCGCUCAAGGGUAUCUGGCUCGCCUCGUUCAGCUGGAUCAUAGGCGGCGGACCGGCGGUAGCACUAGUCGUCAUCUGGACAAUGCUGGCGGAUCUCACGACAGACUCCAAGCGUGCAAUGUUGUUUUUCCGUGUUGGACUUGCGAGUCAGAUCGCUGGCUUCAUUUCCAGCGCGACGAGCUCGGGACUCAUGGCACUCAACCCUUGGAUCCCGCUGCUGGUCGGGUGUGCGACUGUCACGGCUGGUUUAGGCUGUGCUCUCUCGCUGCCAGAGACGAUGAAUCUGGCCGUGAAGUCUCAGAAUGCAACUGUUUACAGGGACCAGGGAGUCGAGUCUGAGCCGGUCAAGUCGCCUCCAAGAUAUGCUCGUCUUCUGAGGAAGGUUGAACGCGUCAUCCAUCCAUAUCGCUUCAUCUUCAGCUCUCGUCUGCUGCUGCUUCUGCUCUCUUUCGCUGUAUUUCAAGUUGCACACGGCUCAGCUGCAUUCUUGACACAGUACAUCUCUACGCGCUUCAACUGGACACUUGCGCGUGCCCAAUUGCUAUCUUCCCUCCAUGCGGCGACUACCAUUCCGGUCUUUGUCUUCCUGCUGCCGUAUCUCUCGACGAAGGUCUUGAAUCGUCUGCCUCUAGCAUGGAGGGACCUCUACAUAGCCCGUUUCAGUAUCAUCUCUCUCACAGUUGGAUCACUCGGUGUCGGAAUAUCACCGUACAUAUCCGUAUUGAUCCCAAGUUUGUGCCUCCAUGCUUUGGGUGCAGGGUUUGCAUUAGCCAUGCGAUCUCUCGCAACGGCCUUGGUCAACCGUGAAGAAACUGCAAGACUGUAUGCGGCAAUUGAGAUAUUGCAGUCAAUGGGCACUGUCCUGGGCAGCUUAUGUUUCACGAAUGCGUUCAAGUCAGCGCUGCUCAUGAGCGGGAUCGGGGCUGGGCUGGUGUGGAUAUUGAGUAGUCUUCUGUUUGCUUUUGUGGGUGUUACGCUUUUGAUUCUGAGAGUUUAG